AAAUUGAAAAAAAAUUCCCUUGUUCUUUGUAGAUUGGGGAAAUCUCCAAAAAAUUACAAUUUUUAAAACUGUAAAUGUUGACAUUUUUUUUUCUUAUAACUGCCAUAACCAAAAAAUCCCAGCAUAGGGGGGUCGCGGCACAGUGGUGACAUGGCAUAGUUGGAUCAAGUAUAAUGAUAUUUGACAGUGAUUAAAAUCACUAUUAUCAAAAAAAACGCUUCGAUGCAAAUCUUAAUAUAGUUUUUAAUUUUAAAAAAUUGGUGGAUUAUUCCAAAAGCUACAUGAUCUGCUAUUUCCUUAUUAAUAUCCUGAUUAAGAUAAAGUAUGUCGAAUGUAAAAGGGAUUAAAAAAUAUUAUAUCAUAAAAAAAUUGGUAUUGAUCCAUACAUUUUUUAUAAAGUUAUAGCAUUUUAAAGUAAAAUAUAAAAUCGAGAAUUUUUACACAAAAAUAACAUUCGAUAGCCAUUUUCACCGUGAAGACAAAAUAAAGUCCAAAUUUUUUUUUUCAAUAAUAAAGUACAUCACAUUAGCUUUAAUUUAAGAUAAAUAUAAGUGUCAGACUUUCCGGAACACUUUCAAAAGUUAAGUUGAAAAAGUUCUACUUUUUAUAUGCAUUUUUCAGAUUUGAACCCUCCCUCCGUAUAUAGAGAAAUGAUCUGAUUUAAAAAAAAAAGUAUGUCGAAUGAAAGAUGUAUAUAAAUACUUCUCAUGAAAAAAUUGUAUUGAUUUAUUCAUUUCUGAAUAAGUUAUGGCAGUUUUAAGAAAAAAAAAAUUCAGAAAUUAGCGAUUUUUAAAUUUGUAAUUUUUUUGGAGAUUUCCCCCAUUUAUGGGGAACGAGGGAAAUUUUUUCAAUUUUUGAGGGUAAUGUCUUCGACUAGAUACGAUUUGUGAUCUUUUGACAUAAUGUUGAAAUAAAUCCGUUCAGUGAGAUCUGAGAAAAAGUUGUAAUAGACAAAAAAAAAAAAGUAAAACCAAUACCUUCUCAGCUUUGCAUCGAAGCUAAAAUGAACGAAUGUAAAUAAUUUUCCCCAUUCAUUUGAUAUAAAUACAAAAUUAUAAAACCUACAUUCCUUUGUAAUCACUACAUAAUGGAACAGAUCUAACUGACGACUCGUAUUACUUAAUAUCUAAGUAACGUUUUCUACUUAUUUUAAAAUUAAUUUUUACAUUAUAGGAGUAUAUUUAAAAUAUAUUAAUUUUUGCAAAUAUUAAAUAAAGAUUAUUAACAUAUUUUUUAAGUUUGAAGAUUGCUAUUUUAUAGAUAAGUUUUAAAUAAAACUUUUAUUUUAAAAAUUUGUUUUAAUUUUCAGUCAUUACGUUUCUAUAACAUUUUGAUGUGUUAUUAAAUUUUGCAUUUUUUUAUUGUAUCAAAUGUUAGUUCAUAUAAUAUAUAGAACGAAAUUAAACACAUGGAAAAGAAAUCGCGUACUGUUUCCAGGAAAUAACGUAAUCAUAUGGUGUUUAUUUCGUUCCUGUACAUAUAUUGAACUAAUAUUUGAUACAGUAAAAAAUUGCCAAGUUUAACAAAUAUCAAAAUAUUAUAGAAACAGCAACUGAAAAUUAAAUCAACUCUUUGGUAUCAAAAUUAAAAAUAUAGUCCUAUAAUAUAACAAUUUAAAAAAAGUUGAAAAUGUUACUUAAAUCAUAAGUUAGAUGAGUUGUCAGAUAGAUCUGUUCCAUUUAGGAUAGUCGGAACAAAACGAUGAAUUUUUUUGGAGUUAUUCAAAAAUCUAAAUUGUUAGUACAUCUUUAAUAGUCAUAAGAUUUACUUAAUUGCAAAUACAGUAAAGAAAGAUGCAUUCCAGCAGAAACUGUAGGCUUACGUUGCGUAUUGUAUUGAUUACGUUGCCAAGGUAACAAGUCAAUUAUAAGGUUCCAAUUUAUAAUGUUUAUUUCCAUGUAGUCAUUUUUAUAAUGGAAAAUUAUAAAAUAAUCGAAAGGAUAGGAGAAGGUACACAUGGACAAGUCGUAAAAGCAUUGCACAGACCUACAAGCAAAAUUGUGGCGUUAAAAUGUGUUAAUUCAAUGGAUAAAACAACGAAGAAUGUUCUACGUGAAAUUGAAUCGCUUAGAGCUUGUAAUUCAGAUUAUAUUAUAACCUUGACAGAGCACUUCUGCCAUUGCUUCAGCACUUAUUUGGUUUUGGAAUAUAUGGUGUCAGGACUGUCGGAAAUGUUGCUAGAUGAAUCUAUUAUUUUAAAUGAAUCUCAUUUGAAAUCUUACGCUAGAAUGCUUCUUAAUGGAACAGCUCACAUACAUUCAUUAAAAAUUAUUCAUAGGGAUUUAAAACCAUCUAACUUACUAAUAAGUUCAAAUGGAAUUCUCAAAAUAGCAGAUUUUAGUUUAAGUCGUUCACUAUUGGUUUCGGAAAACGAAAAUUCAAAAAAAAAUUGUUACACAAAUCAAGUGGCUACACGUCGAUAUCGUGCUCCAGAACUUUUAUUUGGCUCUACUAAUUACAAUCAAUCUAUCGACAUGUGGUCUGUUGGAUGUAUAAUCGCAGAAAUGUUUACUAAAACGCCAUUAUUUCCUGGAGACACUGAUUUGGAACAAAUUGCUAUGGUAGUUCAUUACUUGGGAACACCUAAUAAUAAUACAUGGCCAAAUAGAAAUGAAAUGCCAGAUUUCAAUAAACUUAAAUUUACACAAUGUAGUCCCAUCCCAAUGAAACAUCUAUUACCAGAUAUAAAUAAAAAUUUAGUGAAUUUAAUUGAAAGUUUAAUUAUGUAUGAUUCAUAUAAAAGACUUGAUGCGAGUGAGGCUUUAAAACAUAGUUACUUUUUUAAUGACCCAUUACCAUGUCUCAUUCAUAAAAUGCCUGUUCCGCCACAACAUCAAAGACUAAUGUCAUUAAGUAAUAAUCCUCUUUUACUGGGAAGUGUGGAACAAAAUUUCAAAAGUAUUUACAGAAUAUUACAAGAACUAUCGUAAACGAUCUCAAAUAUAACCAAGUUUACUUUGUGUAAGAUUUGUAUGUAACAAUAAGUAAAAAAAUAUAGCAGUUAGUAUCAUUA